ACACAUAUGUAUGUGCCAUGAGUACAAAGAAAGAAUACAGCUGUCAUUAUGUCUGAUGAGGUCUCUUUUCCUGGAUGUCCUCCCAAACUCCCAUCUAGUCCUUCAGGAUCUUCACCUGCAGGCCAACCAGAUUAUGUAGAAAUCCUGAAGGGAAGAAGGAAGAAUUUUGUGGAAUCAGUGGACAAGAGUGUAAUCAAUGACCUCUUGGAUGACAUGAUGGAAGCAAAAGUGCUGAACCAGGAAGAAAUAGAGGAAAUACUGGAUCAAAGUCCCACAAUUAUGAGAAGAGCCCGGGUUCUGAUUGAUUAUGUUAUUCGGAGGGGCUCUAAAGCAUGCAAGCUUUUUAUCGAAUGUAUCUGGCGUAGAGAUAAACAUCUUGCAGAAAAAAUGAAACUGCCUCCUCAAAGUGUGUUGCAAUUAUGUGGGAGAAAUCAAUUCCGACUUUUGCAAUCCUCAAUGGAAGUGAAGACUUAAUGCAUGGCAGGGAAAUAAAAAGGAUAAAUAAUUAGAAAAAAUUGAUCAAAAGUAAUUAUUAAAUACUAUGCACCAAGUACUAUGAAUACCUGUAGAAGGGAUUUCAUUGUCAUGUAGAUCAUUUGUGAUAGAGGUAAAAUUUAUUCAAGAGGAAAAUGCACUCUUCUUUGAUUUCCUGAUGAAGAGAGUUGGGGAUAUUUUGCUAAUACAAACUGGUCUUUGUAAGGGACUUAUUACUAGCUAAUGAUCAACAAAUAUGAUGUAUUUUGAUGUAUCUUUUAUUUGUCAAACACUUAACAGAAAAGCAUAGAAUGAGAUUUUGUCCCACAAAUCUCUUAAUUUUUCAAUCUGAUUUUCUUUUACAUGUAUUUUUAAAUAUUAAGCUAUUUUAAAAAAAGAACCAACAAGAAGAUAGCUAAUUUCCUUAAGUCCCACCAAGGGCUUUAAUGGGUCAGGACUUUAGGAACAAGGAAUUAUGUAUUAUCUGUGAAGUGUCUUCAGUCAGCUUACCAUGAUGAUUUUUUAUUGUG